AAGAUAUAAAUACUGGGACCAGCUCACCCUGGUCAGCCUAGCAGUCUGACCUAGCAGUCAACAUGAAGGCUCUCAUUAUUCUGGGGCUUGUCCUCCUUUCUGUCACGGUCCAGGGCAAGAUCUUUGAAAGGUGUGAGUUGGCCAGAACUCUGAAAAAAUUGGGACUGGAUGGCUACAAGGGAGUCAGCCUAGCAAACUGGGUGUGUUUGGCCAAAUGGGAGAGUGAUUAUAACACAGAAGCUACAAACUACAAUCCUGGAGACCAAAGCACUGAUUAUGGGAUAUUUCAGAUCAAUAGCCGCUACUGGUGUAAUAAUGGCAAAACCCCAGGAGCAGUUGAUGCCUGUCAUAUAUCCUGCAGUGCUUUGCUGCAAAAUGACAUCGCUGAUGCUGUAGCUUGUGCAAAGAGGGUUGUCAGUGAUCCACAAGGCAUUCGAGCAUGGGUGGCAUGGAGAAACCACUGUCAAAACAGAGAUGUCAGUCAGUACGUUAAAGGUUGUGGAGUGUAAUUGCAGAAUUUUCCUUCUUCAGCUCAUUUUGUCUCUUUCUCACAUUAAGGGAGUAGUAAUUAAGUGAAAGAUCACACUACCAUUAUUUCCCCUUCAAAGAAAUAAUAUUUUUACAGAAGCAGGAGCAAAAUAUGGCCUUUCUUCUAAGAGACAUAAUGUUCACUAAUGUGGUUAUUUUAUAUUAAGCCUACAACAUUUUUCAGUUGGCAAAUAGAACUAUUACUGGUGAAAAUUUAUCUAAAACCUUGGUUAUCAAAUACAUCUCCAGUACAUUCAGUUCUUAUCAAAGAAAUAACCCAGACUUAAUCUUGAAUGAUACGAGUAUGUCCAAUAUUAAGUAAAAAAUAUAACAAAAGGUUAUCUUCAGUUGAUCUUGGGCAAAAUACCAGCAGCAUCAGAUGCCUUCAUUUGUUCAGUCAUCUCCAAAAACAGUAAAAAUAACCACUUUUUGUUGGGCAAUAUGAAAUUUUUAAAGGGGUAGAAUACCAAAUGCUAGAAACAGACUGCCUGAGUUGAGAAUUUUGUUUUCUUAAAGUGUGUUUCUUUCUAAAUUGCUGUUCCUUAAUUUGAUUAAUUUCAUUCAUGUAUUAUGAUUAAAUCUGAGGUAGAUGAGCUUACAAGUAUUGAAAUAAUUGCUAACUAAUCACAAAUGUGAAAUUAUGCAUAAUGUUUGAAAAACACAAACAUUCUAAUUAAAGGCUUUGCAACACA